GACGAGGUCGAGGAUUUGUAUCGUCUCCUGGCCAAAGUCCAGAGCUCCCUGCACAUUGACGCCGUCUGUUCCGGAGCAAUUCUGUCAGAUUAUCAGAGGAUCAGAGUUGAGAAUGUGUGUUCACGGUUGAAUCUGAUCUCAUUGAGCUUUCUGUGGCGGCGAGACCAAUCCGAGCUCCUCCGGGAAAUGAUCUCGUUUCAGAUGAAUUGCGUCGUGAUCAAAGUUGCCACGUUGGGUUUGGAUCAAAAACAUUUGGGGCAAUCCCUAGCCCAGCUUCAAGAUCAUCUAAUGGCUAUGGAGACUAAAUUCGGGAUCAAUGUUUGUGGGGAAGGUGGUGAAUAUGAAACCUUUACGCUGGAUUGUCCACUGUUUAAGAAAUCCAUAAGCAUUGAUGAAAGCAAAGUCAUCGUUCAUUCGGCUGAUGCAUUUGCGCCUGUCGCCUUCUUACAUCUCAAAAGUUUGUCUUUGAAAGAUAAGAUUGAACAGGCCAAUGUCACAUCUGCCACUCAGAUGGAAAUGCUCACGACCAACAUGGAAAUCCGAGAUUAUCUCAGACACCCAAGAGAUUUGGUUUCUCAUUGCCACGAUCUCCGCCCCUGUUUCGAAAAUUGUGAAAACCACCUGUCAGCAAAACUGCCUGACGACGUUUCCUCCUUUACCUUGGGCAAAUCGGUCUCCUAUUUGCCAUCGUCGAGUUGUGUAAGCUUCCAAGAUGGUUCGACCGGAUGGUUCGCUAUCGGAAAUUUGCCGAUUCAAAGCCGAAACGAGGGCGAGAAUGGUGCUCAAGAUGAUCCAGCUGAAGCUAUGGAACAGGUUUUCCGGCAAUUGAAAGAGUGCUUGGAUUCUCAUGGUUGGAGUUUUUCCGAUUUGGUGAGUGUCACGCUCUUGGUCUCGGAUAUGGCGCAAUAUGCGGUGAUAAAUCAACGUUAUGUGAAAAACUUUGGCAUCAAUCCGCCCAUCAGAGUGUGCGUUCAAACCCAUCAAGACUCGGCCGUCAUCUUGCAUGCCUUGGGAUUUCAUCUUAGAGAAGACAAGCACUUUGCCCUGGAGACCACUCGAAGGACCAUGCAUGUGCAGAGCAUCUCUCACUGGGCUCCGGCCAAUAUCGGUCCUUACAGCCAAUAUGUUGAGGUUGAUAAUGUGAUUCACAUUGCUGGACAAAUUGGCCUGAUUCCCGGUUGCAUGGAAUUAAUCCCCGGUGGUUGCGGUCCCGAGGCCAAGCUCUCCUUUAGGCACGUGCAUCGCAUAUUAGAGGCUCAUAAGUUGGGAUUCCAAGCCAUUGCUCAGAUAACAUGCUACAUAACGUCGAGAGGUGAUUUUAGAACUGUCCAUGACAUUUGGAAUCAAAUUGAAACCGAAUCUUCGUCCGGAAAGGCUCGUCUGAAUGUGAUCGUGGUUCCUCGACUUCCCCGAGAUGCCAGUGUUGAAUGGCAGGUCCUCGGAUUACGACCCUACAGAAUAGACACCGAAGAUUUGGAAUCGUCCAAAGACCAGGUGUCCAAAUCUAUGUGGAAUGUAGAAUCGGGAGAACAACUGAGGGAUGAUGAGGUGGUUUGUGAGGAAUGGCUUUCCAUUGAAUCGCAGCAAGUGGAUUCGCACGUGGGCGAAAUUGGAAGACGAGACGACGACGACGACGACGACGAUCAAGAGGAACUAGAAGCCCGAGAGAAAUCGUUCGUCGUCGUACUCAAUGCAAGAUUGGGAAAUAAAGUUGGCCCAUCCAGCGUUGGAAAUGUGUUUUCCUGCAUGUGGAAGCAUUUAAGCACCAAUUCAGUUGACUUUGCUCAUUUUCAAGUAUUCUACCCGCCAAAAGAAUCCACCCUCCUAUUAGAAGUACUGGAAGCUAACCUCCCAACCAGAACGUCGAUCUCAGUUAUCCCGGCCCAAUCCGUGGACGAGAGCGUUGGGCUAUUGUUCAAUAGUAUGAUAAGAAUGUCUCAAAAAUAAAGUUGACUGAAACCCCACA